AUGUCCAAUUACAACAGCAACCUCUUGUUCAACACACAGAUAUCUUACGAGGAUAGCAACUCAACAUUCACCUCAGAGGUAUUGGAUAGCGACCCUUCCAAUCCAUUCUUAAAUCAACAAGUCAACACCACACCAGUGAUUGUUCAACAGAAGGUAUCCGCACCAUCGGCCUACCCACAAGUGCAACCAGAGUACUCUACAACAACAGUAUCCUCGCACCCAACUCCACACAACUCCUUGAAUCAAUUCAGUUCAUUGUCAAUUGAUAACAACAGACAAUCAACAUCACUGCGACAUUCAUUGCAGCCACCAAAGAACCCGAAUCAAAUGGAUAUUACCGUCACUGACCCAGAGAAGAUUGGAGAUGGCAUGAAUGCCUACGUCACUUACAAGGUGAACACCAUCUCUGUGCUGGCCGAUCGUCCCGACUACAAGAAGGAGAACUCAGUCACACGCAGAUACUCUGAUUUCCUCUGGCUGAGGAACGUCCUCAAGGAGACCAAGAGGGGAAUCAUCAUCCCACCACUGCCAGAGAAGGCCGUUCUCAACAAAUAUAAUAAGGAGUUCUUGGAGGUUAGAAGAAGAGAGUUGGAGAAGUUUAUGAACAGGAUUGCAGAGAGUGAAUCACUUGUACACUCAAGUGAGCUGGCCAUAUUCUUGGAGGCUCAGGACGAGCAGUUCAACACGGCCAAGUCUGCACGCCCAUCAGGUGACAAUAUGGAGCAGAGCACUGUUCUCUCACCAUCACAGCCCGAGUCCAAGGGCUUUGGAAAGAUCACAUCGUUCUUUGGAAACGCCGCCACGUCCAUCAGCAACUUUGCCAGCGUGCAGCCAGUGCGCGAGCUCGACCCAUGGUUCGAUGACAAGAAGAGCUACAUCGUGCAGCUGGACGCCAACUUGAGGCGUCUGGCCGAGUCAGUUGGCAACGUCAUCAGGAAGAGAAUGGAGCUGGCCGCCGCAAUUGGCGAGCUGUGCUCGUCAGGAUUGACGUUCUCGUCGGGAGAGAUUGCCCAGUCACAGGACAUUGCCACCAGCAUCCAGCGCAUGACACAGGUCGAGACAAACAUCAAGAACGGCAUGGAGACACUCUCCAACUACGACACCUGCUACUUUGAGGAGGGUCUGAACGACUACAUCCGUGUGCUCAGCGCCGUCAAGGAGCUGCUCAACGACAGACUGGACGCACUGCUCAACUUCCAGAACCUCGAGAGAAAGGUCGAGGCUGCCCGCGACAAGGUCAACAAGGCCAGCGGCACCAAGAAGGACCAGGCACAGAAGGAGCUGGACGACGUACAGAGGAAGUGUGCCGAUGCCAAGCAGGAGUUUGAGCGCAUGAGUGCCACAACCAAGGUGGAGCUGGCUAGAUUCGACUCGAAGCGUAACUACGAGGUCAAGAGAAUACUCAGCUUCGUCAUUCGCAUGAACCUCGAGCAUUUCCUCAAGGCCUCCGACUACUGGAGAGAGUUCCUCACCGAGCAGCAUCAACACACCGAUCCCAACUUUGAGACCAACAAGGCCUCCUGGGGUACUACCUACAACAACAACAGCACUCAAGCCGCUACAACUACCAACUAA